UUGUCUGGCCUCGGGUCUUUUCCUAGACAUUUACUUGAAACCAUUCUGAGAGAAAAAAUGAGCAAUCAUCACCUGUGUAUGAAGUUGAGACUUAUCGGCUGUUGUUUAAGCUCUGAACAAAGUGUUUGAGUAAGGUGUCAUGCCACCAACAUCCUUUCAAAUCAAAGUUCGAUAAAACUAAAAACGAAAAGUGAAGCAAAAUAGUGACAAGAUGGCGGGAAACUUUGAAUUGCUAAAUUUGAUAGGCAGUGGAACUUUUGGCCAAGCAUGGCUUGCAAGAAACAAAAAAGAUAAUUCAAAAUGUGUGAUCAAAGUAGUAAAAAUUCUUAAAAUGUCUGAAGGUGAACUUGAUCAAGCUUUGACAGAGGUUUCAGUUCUAGCAAGAUGUAAAAAUACCAACAUUAUAAAAUAUCUUGAUGCCUUUGUUGACGAAGGGUCUCUUAAAAUAGUAAUGGAAUAUGCAGAUGGAGGAGAUCUGCACAAAAGAAUAGUUAACCAGAAAGGGAUACAUUUUGGUAAGGAGGCAAUUCUUGAUUGGUUUGUACAGAUCUGCUUUGCAUUGAAGUAUAUACAUUCCCAGAAUAUUUUACAUAGAGACUUGAAGACGCAGAACAUAUUUCUUACAUCACAGAAUGUGGUGAAGAUUGGUGAUUUUGGAAUAGCCAGGGUUUUAAGAGACAGUGCUGAUUGUGCUAUGACAGCUAUUGGAACGCCUUUCUACUUGAGCCCAGAAAUAUGCCAGAAAAAGCCAUAUAACCACAAAAGUGAUAUGUGGGCCCUUGGAUGUGUUCUUUAUGAAAUGUGUACCCUUCAUGUACCUUUCAAUGCCAAGGAUUUUGAUUCUCUAGUGAUGAAGAUAAUGACGGGCCAGUUUGAUCCUCUGCCAAGUCACUUUGGUACCACCAUAAGAUACCUGUGUACCAGAUUACUUGACAAAGACCCAGAUAAAAGACUUUCAGCAAAUGAAGCUUUGAAUUUUUCACCUUUGAAGACAUUUGUACAAAGAUAUGAACCAAUCAAAAGAAAAAUACCAACACUAGCUGUGAGACGGUUUUCCAGUAAUUCUGAGAAUAAAACAAUCAGAAGAAGAUCGGGGUCAGAUAAUAUUAAACCAAUGAAAAAAGAAGAAAAGAAUGUCAAGAAGUCAAUGAACUUUGUAUCAAAAGAUAAUCAGGACCAGGCGGUUAGAAAGCAGAGUGACCCAUUACGUAGCAUACAAGUCCAGGAGAAGUUUACCAGACGACCAAGUAUUAGAGCAGAAUGUCCUAGCCCCAAAAAGAAUAGCAUUGACUGGAUGUCUGAUAAAGAAAAUAUAGAUCCUAGGCGGCUUAUUGGUAAUAAGACCUAUCAAGUGAAAUAUCCUAAAUUCCGAAGAUUUUCAUUGGCUACUCCAAGGAUAAAAAGAAUUGUCUCUCAGCAAAGAUCUUCUGUUUCAACAGAUGAAAAAGACAAAUGCAAACAGUUUAAGGAAGAAUGUGUUAGAUCAGUUUUAUACAGAAAUAUAGAAAGAGAAAGUAGACAGUCGUCACAUCCUUCUGAUAGCAAUAAAGAACAAGAAAAUACCACUGUCGAUGAAAGCAUUGAUGAUGAAGUAUUCAGUGAUGCUAGCUUAGUGUUGGCCUCCCUGGAGGAAAGUCAGCAAACUGUUGUCAAUGUAGCUAAAAGAGUGUCUGUAGAAAAUGGAGGCAGAGGUCCAAUGGAAAAUGGACGGAGGAUGUCUAAUGGAAGUCAUAGAAGAGCUUCAAUUGAAAGUAAUCUAAAAAGAAUGUCUCUGGAGAAGGGAAGGAGAGAAUCAGUAGAUAAUGGUAGAAGGCAUUCAGUAGAGAAUAGCAGAAGAGCUUCAAUUGAAAGUAAUUUGAAGUUUUCAAAGGAAAACAGAAGAGUGUCCAUGGAAAAGGGAAGAAGAGAGUCUGUAGAAAAAAGUAGAAGGUCUUCAAUUGAAAGUGGCAAAAGAGCAUCAAUUGAAAAUGGUCAAAAGGCAUUAAGAGGGAAUGACCGAAGAAAAUCAGUUGAGAAUAAUCAAAGACCUGGAAUUGAUAAUCGUCCUAAAACCACUGCUAAACUUCAAAGAAGGCCUACAGUAGAUAAAAAUUAUCGUAGAGUUUCUGGGUCAGAGGGAUGUUUGGUUGUACCCAACACUGCCUCAGAAGAUCCAAAGGUUAUAAGAAGGUCAUGCUCAUAUGAUGCCAUCAGGAAUGAAAAGGAAACAUUAAAUGUUGGAGACAGUUCAUCAUCCUUAAAUAAAAAGAAAAAAUCUGAAUCAGAUACAUUUUUAGUUAAAAAGCCACCUUCUGGAUCCCUUGAUAAUUCAAUUUCUGCUGUCAAUGCUAAGGACACAUCGUCGUCUGCUGAUAAAGAGAUGUCUAAGUAUAUCAACAAAGCAUUAUACAUGUCCCUGCAGGACUAUUUACAGUCACCAAAUACAGCAAAAAACAAAGUGUUCAAGAGACUUGGGGAUAUAUUUGGAGAAGAAAAAUUAGAUGAAAUUUUGGAAGUUUGUCGAGAAUGUCUUUACAACAAUGAUAAUUAUGACACAUUUCAUUCAAUGUUGUCUGAGACAGACGUCAUAUGCCUACCUCUUGUUUUUCAGUAUUUACAAUUAGAAGGAUCUCAGUAAUGUGUUGUAUUGAAAGUUUCAUUAUUAAGGAUUUUUGAAAUUAAUUUGGAAGGGGGUGACUCCCAAACCCAUUCUUCUAGAAAGAUAAAUAAUCUUUCGUUAUAUUAGGUGUUUUUAGAAAUAAAAAAAUAAAAAAAUUGAGAAAUAAUACAAAUUGUUCAUGAUGGUGCUAAUUUGAAUAUUCUGUGCAAGUGUACAUGUACUGGUACGGUAAUAUUGCUUAUAGAAAACUUUAUAAUGUGUAAUCUUUACAAGUUACACAUGGCAUGUAAUAAGUUUUCUCAAUUUCCUGAAUACAACUUAACUUUAAGAUGUUUUACUUUCAACAGUUUAUAAAACUGUAUAUGUUGAUUUUCAAUAUUUGCCCUAUAUUUUGGGUCAAAUAAGGACCUUAAUAUUCCAACAUAAUGUUUGAAGUAUUCAUGGGUUUUUUUGUGCAAUACAAGCUUUGUAUGUUUAAUUUCGUUUUCAUUGCAAAUAUAUUUUUGAUAUAUGUAUUGUAGUCAGAGUAAAUAAAUAUACAAUGUCUAUAUACAUAUAUGUACUAUACAUUGCCCCUAUUGGCAUAAGAUUUUCCUGUGAUCUGAAAUUUAUAUUUACUAUCAGAUAUUCUUAUUUAU